AUGUUCUCAACCUUCACGGGCAGCUCCCGGCGGCCGAGAAACGUGAAUCUGAGCGGGCAGGCCAGCAACCCGUUCUCCAACACAUCAUGGUCCCCUUCGGCCGCUUCGAAUGCCACAAAGACCGUUUCGGAUGCGCAGGCCGACCGAGAAAAGCGACAGGUGGAGAGACGGCGUUUGAAGGCUGCGUCACAGAUACAGAAGACAUGGAGAGGAUACAGAUCGAGGACUACCCUGAAGGAGCAGCGCAGGAAUGACUUUGAUCUUGUCUAUCAAUCUCUCUCCGAUGCCGAUGCUUUCCAGAGGCUCUACGUUUCUUUUCCUCUUCUAUUGUCUUUUUUCUCUGCCGCUCAUGCCGGCGAUAUGCAACGCCUGUUCUUAUUCAUCAACGACUGUAACAAUAUCUCUCUGCAGCAACUAUGUGACGCCAGCCACCAUACGUCUCGACUCGAAAAAUUAAUGAUCGUUCUGGUGCAAGCUUUGGACGUUUUAGUUAUUAAAGAGUAUGUUUACAGUUGCUCACUCGCGGAGGACCAAGCUCUUGGAAGCUACUCCAAGCUCUUGGCGCCUCAUAACGUUACACACAAGCUGACCCGGCUUCUUAGUGAUGCGUCAUUGGAACUUCAGCACAUCCUUACACUUAUCAAUCAUUUGGGCGCCAACUUUCCCCUUAUCAUAUUAGCGUCUGUCAACGAGUACUAUGCGGCAUUGGCAAAGCUGUGCCAAUCACAGCGUAGUCGAGAAUGGCUAGAGCCAGUCUUUAGAUCCAUAUCGGCACCAUUGAAUACAGGCGCGGAAAAUGAGUCAGAAGCAUAUUCAGCCUUGGCAAUACGAUUUCUCACCACAGACAACCUUCAUUUCUUUGAGCAAAACAUUGAUCAUGUGGGCGAAAUCAUCAAUAUGGAGAAGCUUGCGACUGAAAUAUUGCGAUUAUACACUUAUAAUUCCGAUAAUUUGCCAGACAAGGAUCAUCUCCUCUGGCUCCUAGCCCAUUAUAUCGACUUGAGCAAGGCACAGAAAACUUCAACCCAGAAUUUGAUCAAUCUGAAAGCUAUUUUCACACAGCUAUCUGCUUUGUCGUCCGAUAUUAAUAUUCGUAUAAGCACACAGCAGCCCCCUGAGCAACUCAACGACGCAGCUGCCGAGUCUCUCAUCUUCCCGUCAACAUCAUACACUACUCAACAGCUGCUACGGCUAGUUGACAGCAAUGGCAUUUCCAGCUUGCUACGUGAUUUCUCCAUUAGUUUGGCACAGUCUUCGAAUCAAGAGCUAGAAGGUAGCGAGCUCCUUGCUGGCUAUAUUCUCUCUUUACUGCAAAGUUUCCCCACAAGAGCCGACGACACGCGUAUGAGGCUGUUCCUCGAAGAAAUACCGACCGCAGGGGGCAACAUCCCCAUUGUCAAAUACCUCUGGCAGAUGAUGACCAAAACCUCGAUAUUUCAAAAAUUAAAGGCUGAGUCCGAGCGUCCAGCGAGAGUGCUCCACAGAUACUUUUACGAAACUGCAUCUCGGUCUUCUUCAGCUCACACGGAAGAACAAGAGUGGAGAAUUAUCCUCUUGUUUUUAGAGCUUUAUACCUUUAUCCUUAGACUCAGCGAUGAUGAAGAUUUCCUGAGCGGCAUUUACCCUCAAGUCUUCAGCAGCGAUGUGCCACAAUCACGAACCCGGUCAUGCAGUUUAGCACUCAAAGACAUUGAAGCGCUCAUUAUAUUCCUCAAAAACACAGCAUUCGCUCUGCAUUACAAUGUUCAAGAAAUCACCCAAACUCGGGCAGCUGUUGAGGCUUCAGCUACAGCCCGACUAAACUCCUACUGGGGAGACUCGUCGACAGUCUCAGAUGGGCCCAAAGCCGCUAGCAAAACUCCAGCAUCGGAAGUAUCUACAAAGCUCGAUUUAGAGAGCCUUCGCGCAAUCAUCACCACUUCGCUAAAAAUGCUCUACGAAAGAGACUCGCGGAAGCAUUUCUUAUCGGCAGAUCACUGGCUCAUGACGGGCAAACUGGAGAAGGAGGAUUUUAUCGGAGCUGUUAUAGCGGAAGAAGAGAGACAGAUCCAGGAACAGGCAGAGGAUAGCGACACAGAGGCAGACGACGCUAUUUCUCCAUUUGAUGACGGUUUUGGAUCGCAUUCAACUUUUGCUGCGCAGCGGCUUUCUCGCCACGUCAGGUUGGAAAGGCUCAAAGCCCGCCAGAUUCACGCUCAAAGGGAACGAAGACUUGCGGAAAUGGGACCCAAACUGGAAAUUCUCAAACAUAUUCCGUUUGUUGUUCCGUUUGAGACGCGAGUUAUGAUAUUCAGAUCAUUUAUCAAUCUCGACAGACUUCGCAGAAGUGGCAAUAGCGCGUUCCCGAUGCCUCCUUUGGGGAGGCACCAUGCGAAAAUCCGUCGCGGCCAGCUAUUCGAAGAUGCAUUCGAGCAGUUCUAUCAACUAGGAGAGGGUUUAAAAGACCCUAUUCAGAUUACCUUUGUUGACCAGUUCGAUACCCCUGAAGCGGGUAUAGAUGGUGGUGGCGUUACAAAAGAAUUCUUAACCAGCGUCACAUCAGAAGCUUUUGGAAACCAGCUUGGAGGCCUGGGCAUGUUCACAUCCAGUGAUAAGGGGCUACUGUAUCCCAACCCCAUGGCUUUGGAUAUACUUCGCGAGUCACUGCGACAACAAGGGCUUACCGAAUCUGAUCACGAGUGGAGGGAAGCAAUCUCCGAGUUAUUCAAACGUUAUGAAUUUCUUGGCCGUAUUGUAGGAAAGUGUAUGUAUGAGGGGAUCCUCGUCGACCUUGCGUUUGCCGGAUUUUUCCUUUUGAAAUGGCCGUCACCAAAUCGAAAAGAAGAAAACAGCUACAAAGGUAGUGUCAACGAUCUCCAAGACAUGGAUGAGGAAUUAUACAAGGGUCUCCUUAACCUCAAGAACUACCCGGGAGACGUAUCUGCCCUGGGGUUCGACUUUACCAUUACGGACCAGGUAUCAGCUCCAGGGGAGCCUGUCAAAACUGUUAGCAGAAAGUUAGUGCCCAACGGUGAUGAGGUACCAGUUACAAACGACAAUCGCCUGCUCUACAUAUCCUACGCAGCUCGUCAUCGAUUGGUUGUGCAGCCGGCUCCCCAGACCAUGGCUUUCCUGCGCGGGCUUCGCGAAAUCAUUAGACCUUCAUGGCUUUCUAUGUUUAACCAAUCUGAGCUACAGCGUCUGGUUGGCGGCGACUCUAUGGAGAUUGAUGUCGAGGAUUUACGCCGAAAUACAGUCUACAGCGGUCUUUACGCUGUGGGUGACGAUGGAGAGGACCACCCCACAAUCAAAAUGUUCUGGAACGUCAUGAACGGCUUCACAGACGCUCAAAGGCGCGACGUUCUCAAGUAUGUCAGCUCAACGCCGAGAGCACCGCUUCUUGGCUUUGCACAACUGAAUCCGAAGUUUGCCAUUCGGGAUGGUGGCUCGGACCAAGAACGACUGCCGAGCACAAACAUUCUGUGCGCUCUGCAUACAGCCCUGGACUUUCACAAGGCUACGUCUUUUGCUAGGGCCCCUACGUCAUUUAGACACCAUCAACGUGACGCUGACGGUGGCAUCUCAGAGUUGAUGAGCGUUGAACAAAUGUUACUGAGCCCAGAAUGGGAGGUCAGCAAAUACUCUUAUGAUGUCAUAUGA